UGGAAUAUUACCGCACCAGUAUGGGAAACCGCCGCAUUAGUUCAGGUCCGAAAUCUGCAUUAUUAAUCUGUGAAACAAAAACAAUGAGGAAAUGUGCAAAUUACAUAGGAAAAUAUCUAACAGUGUUUUUAUUCUCUUGAAAUUAUAGCCUUGGAAAUAUCACAUGGCAAAGAGAUGAUAAAUGCAUACAUUCCACCGCUAUUAAUUCUCGGUACUGUGUUUGUGGAUCUUUCCAUGUCUCAAUGCUCCGACCCAAUCAGAGCAAAAGUUAAAGGAUAUCGAAGAAAGAUGACUAUUCUAGGAUCUUGUAAUGAAAAUCUGGACACGUCUUUCUACAUGAUACCCGGUAUAAACAUCCCUGACAACUGUAGCAAGUGUGAAAACUUAUCGGAUACUAAAGUUCAUUAUCUCUAUGGCGAUAAGACCUGUUCUCUGACUCCUCCAAAUGACGGACGGAGCACGGAAAGUUGUCCCCAUCAUGUUCAGAUAAACUACGAUAAGUAUAGAAUACCUCGAUCCAUAGCUCAAGUCAAGUGUAACUGUGAUAAUUGUAUCACGAAACAUUACGAUAAUACGUUAAAAUUGCAUCCUGACGGAGUGUGUCAAGAAGUGAUGAUGUAUCGUCAGGUUCUUAGAGAGUGUAAACCUGAGAAACCCGAAAAAGACCGCAGAAGACGAGGGAAACGAAAACGAAGAGGAAGAAGAAGAAAUAAAGUGUAUACAGUAGUUUAUGAACAAUACCCGGUGGCCUGUACGUGUAGAUUGACACAUACUAAAGACUGGGGAUGAGCAGCUAAAUCAAAGCAUUAAUUAAGGAGUUUUGUCUCAAACAAAUACCUCAAGAUUUUAAACUUGUUGUUUUUGGAUUUUAUAUACAGUUUAUUCGUGUGUUG